CGACUCCUCGAGCUUCGAGGUUGACUACCAUUUGCCCUUCUGGAAUAAUGGUUUGUCGCGUGAUUUCAUUUCCCAAAAUUUUAGUCGCAAUUUUUUAUAUUGGGUCAUAUUAUUCGGUGUCAAAUGUUUUGAGCCCGUCAAUGAAGGGAAGCGACAGCGAACCUGCUGACCUUGUGCAAACUGCAAACUGCAAACAAAGCGGCAUGGUCUACCGCUCAGCCGCUGUCCACCUUGACUUCUGUGUGUGCGAUAGCGAAAGACAAAGCUAAGGGAGACAAAAUAAUGCACAUAUAACCAUUGACCUGAUCUAAAUGAAAACCAAUCCUAUUCCAACUACACCGAGCACGGAACCCGAAAUUUACUUAACGCACACAAAGAUGGACUCAAUCGUACCUAAAGACUACUUCUCGAUCAGAAAGAAUGGAGUGUCCCAAUUCCAGGUGAUGACCGCCUACUUGGGAGGUUCCGCUUUCCAGACGAUUGUUGACAAUCCCGUCACAGCCUACCGUCAGUUGGUACAACAAUACGCUAAGGAUUUGGCUGGUAAGCCUGUUGACCCCAAAAUUGCCUCUCAAGAAGCAAAACAAGUAUUCAGGAACUCUCCCGUAUCUGCUUCGCUUUCAGGUCUAGGUCCCCGUCUUAUCGGUGUGGGAUUCAAGCGUGUGCCCAAGUUUGGAGCCCUUCUAGGUAUUCAGUACUUCCUUAUGGAUCCCCAUGCAGAUGUCGGUCUUGUGGCCGCCACUGGUGCUUCUAUUCUGUCAGCUCCCUUCAUCAAUCCCGUACGUAUGAUUGAGAAACAACAACGUGCAUACUUCAAGCAGACUGGCGCUGAGAAGCCCAUUAUGGAGAUUUUGCGCGAGUCAGCGGCAAAGAACUUCAAGCCACUAUUCCGUGGUACCAUUCCUCUAAUGGGUCACUCCCUUGCCAGUGCUACCACCGGUCUUGUCGGACAACCCCAACUACAAAAGUGGAUCCAGAAAGAGAUCGGAGCCAAGAGUGAUUUCGGAUCAUUCGCCACUGGUUUGAUUGCAUCCUCCGCAGUGAGUCCCAUUUAUGUUAUGAUGACCAACCCCUUGUCUCGUCUAGAAGUUAUCAUGCAGACUAGUUCUAUCAACGGUAAGAGUAUCGGAGUGACGCAGGCAUGCAAGGAGGUUGUCGCUGACUCCAAGGAGUUCGGAUUAAGAGGUAUCUUCAGAGGACAAGGUUUGGGUAUUGCCAAGGCCAUCAUCUCCUUGACUAUGUUCCACGAGGGACGUAUCUUCCUCACCAGAGUCUGGAAGAACCACAACGAGCGUAACGGAUACCUUCCUGAGCUUAAAUAAAUGCAGCAAAGUGCACAAAUUAAAUAGCAAAGAACGGUAUCUCCUUCGCUGAAGAGUGUAUCGGUAUAUAUCUCCGAGCGGACAGCACGGAUUGGAGCCCUCUGGAUGGAGCGCUUCGCUGUCAAGAGCAAACUCUUUAACUGUUAUGGAAUCGCAACCUUUUUAUUUGGGAUACAACGGUUGCUUGGAAUUAUGUAAACGUGACACACGUCGUAGGAUCAGAAUUAAAGUCGAUCUGAAAGGUACGAAAUAUCAGUGCA